AUGUCGACCACCAACUUCACCGUCACGGAGCACACCGUCGCCGCGGGCCAUAUUCGCGAGUAUGCCGGUAGCACCGCCAACAGCCAGGAGGAGGUGCUGCAGCUCCAUGUGAAGCAGUACACGCCCAAGGAGCAAUCGCUGCCGCUGUCCCCAAACGCGGUGACCGUCGUGGCCGCCCACGGGGUGGCCCUGGCCAAGGAACUGUACGAGCCACUGUGGGACGAAAUCUGGCAGCGUUCCAGGCAGAGUGGAAAUGUGCAGAUUCGCAGCAUCUGGAUUGCCGACAUGGUCAACAUGGGCGGCAGUGGCAUCCUCAACGAAGACAAGUUGAGCACGGAUUUCUCCUGGAUGGACUGUGCCCGAGACCUGCUCUUGAUGGUCAAUCACUUCCGCGAUCAAAUGCCUCGACCCAUCGUGGGCGUGGGCCAUAGCUUUGGAGGCACCAUCAUAACGAACCUGGCGUAUCUGCAUCCUCGUCUCUUCACGACGGUCGUCCUCCUAGACCCCGUCAUCCAGCUCAACCCGCCCCCGAUGGGCUUUGGGACCGACCCCCCCAGCGCCAUCAACUUCACCCUGUAUCGUCCCGACGUCUGGCCCAACCGCAAGGCCGCCAUGGCCACGUACGCAAAGAUCUUCCCCGCCAUGGACCCGCGGUGUCUGGAGCGCGCGGCCAAGUAUGGAUUCCGCGAUCUGCCCACGGCGCUGCAUCCCAACCUCCCGGAAGGCAGCGAUGCGUCCGACCCGCCCGUCACGCUCACCACCACCAAAUACCAGGAUCUGCUGGGCCAGAUCCGCGAGAAUCUCGCGGCCCGCGCCCCGGACGGCUCCGUCCACAUCAAUCGUCGCACGCACGCCGAUCUGGAUCCCCUGGCCGCCUUCAUCCCCAUGUAUCGGCCGGAGCCACGCAGCACGUUCUACAGGCUCCCGAGCCUGAGGCCGUCGGCGCUCUGGCUGCUCGGGGGGAACAGCUAUCUCCGCACGGAUGAAAUCCGCCAGGGGGUCCAGGCCUGUGGCACGGGGGUCGGUGGCAGCGGGGGGAUGGCGCCAGGGAGGGUCAAGGAAGUCAUCCUGCCCAAGGCGGGCCAUCUCUUCCCGUUUGAGAACGUGGCCGACGCCGCUGAACAGUGCUUCCGGUGGUUGGAUCGCGAAAUGGCGCACUUCCUGCGUCUGGAGCGCGAGUGGGAGGAACAGCGCCGGUCGAUGAGCCAGCGCGAUCAUCUGGUCUUGGGGGAGGAAUGGUACCAGGCGAUCAAACCGACCAGUGCUUUCCGAGCGCCGAAACCGAAGAAGGAGAAGCUGUGA